AUGUUACUAAAAUAUGAUCGACGCCCGGCAGAUUGGAAUUCACUGAAAUAUACAACUUCAGGUCUUGAGUUGCCAACCCAGUUCAGUGGAGCCACUUAUCGUGCCGCAGGUGUCCAAGCUGAGCAAAAUCUAGUCCCUCAUCUGCAAAGGUUUGGCAGCACUGACAACAUUGCAGCCCUAAUUGACUUGGAUGGAGCCCACGGAGGUGAGGGUUCUGGCCCUGGGGGGACGAGGACGCUUGGAACAGGGCAGCUGCAGUCUAGCCUGAAAUAUAGCAGUGAUAACUAUUCUGUUAGCGCUACUUCAGGCUCAGCAGGAGCCUCUGGACAGCCCCCUGGCUCUAAGGGCAAUACAAUUGACUAUAUGCAGCGAUCAGGCUUUGAUGCUAUACUCCAUGAGAUCCAAGAGCUUCAGGAAAACCAAGGCCGACUUGAAGAACGCUUUGAAAACUUGAAAUCCUACCACCAAGAGUACACAGUAGUUGUGGAGGCCCUAGAAGAGGAACGAUACAGGUGUGAACGUUUAGAAGAACAACUCAAUGACUUGACAGAACUGCACCAGAAUGAAAUUUUGAACUUGAAAGAGGAACUGGCCAGCAUGGAUGAGAAGAUUGCUUAUCAGUCUUUUGAUAGAGCAACGGAUAUUCAUGAGGUGCUGGAGGCAUGUCAGACACAUCUGUUCAAGAUAGAGCAGCAGCAACAGCAGGAGGUGCAGCUUGAAGUUUUGGAGAAAUUCACAGCACAGACUCUGCUUGGAAAACUCAUCAGUGUGCUGCUAGCUAUCAUGGCUGUCCUCUUGGUGUUUGUGUCCAUGGUGGCCAACUGUGUUGUCCCCUUGAUGAAAACAUACAGCCACAUGCUUACUAUGCUGCUUUUUGUGCUCUUAUGCUGCUUCCUCUGGAGGCACUGGGAUGCCCUUUUAGAGUAUCUGCAUUACUCUGUCUGCACUCAUCACCCUGAAAAGAAAUAAAGUUGUCUGGACUCAAA